AAGGGCUCACCAAAUUUUAAGCUUAUUAUCGGAAUUGAUGACUGAUGAGUUUCCAUCUUCGGAAACAUCCCUCUAUCAUUAUGAGUUCAAGUAGCUGUGUCAGAGUAAAGAUUUUGAGUAUACUUUAUCUACUCUUCCUGUCUAUCAAAAGCGUUGAUUCUCAGUGGGUCGUCAGCAACCUUCCUGGUUUUGAUGGUGACUUGCCUUUUACACUUGAAACGGGGUACAUUGGAGUGGGCGAGAACGAUGAGGUGCAACUUUUCUACUAUUUCAUUGAAUCCGAGAGGAGCCCCAAGGACGAUCCUCUUCUGCUUUGGCUCACUGGUGGACCUGGUUGCUCUGCUUUUUCUGGCCUUGUUUAUGAGAUCGGUCCACUGAAAUUCAACUAUUCAAAUUCAAGUGGAAACAAACCAACAUUUGAGCUGAACCCUUACUCAUGGACAAAGGUAGCAAACAUUAUAUUUUUGGAUCAACCUGUUGGCACUGGCUUUUCGUAUGCAACUUCUCCGGAAGCUUAUAGUGUUAGUGAUACAUUGGCCGCUGCACAGAUCUAUACUUUUCUGAAGAAGUGGUUUAUUGUUCACACCAACUUCUUAACAAACCCGUUUUACAUCUCUGGCGAUUCUUAUUCUGGAAUUACUGUUCCAAUGAUCGUUGAACUCAUAUCAAAUGGCAAUGAAGUUGGUCAUUAUCCCCCUUUGAACCUAAAGGGAUAUAUACUAGGCAACCCAUAUACAGAUGGAGUCAAUGAUCUCAAUUCAAGGGUCUCAUUUGCUUACCGAAAAGCUUUAUUACCCCGUCCAUUUUAUGAGUCAAUUAAAAAAAAUUGCAAGGGCAAAUAUGUGUAUCCAGAUCCCAACAAUCCGAAAUGUGUUCGUGAUGCAAAAGUUUUCGGAGAGUGGACAAAAGACAUAAACGUUGCACAGAUACUGGAACCGAAGUGUGAGUAUGAGGUGCAUCCGAAGCCAAAUAUUACCACAUUCGAUCGACGCAGUCUAAUAAGAUUCAGGGAUUCCCAUCCUUCAACGGCUAAACCUUCGAAACGAUGGUGUCGGGAUGACAACUAUGUAUUCUCGUAUAUCUGGGCAAAUGAUAAAACCGUUCAAAAGGCUUUGCAUAUCCGUGAGGGAGGAGGUCACACGGCUCCAGAGUACAAACCAGAACAAUGUCUAGCCAUGAUAGAUAGAUGGCUUUCUCAUUACCCUCUCUAGUUUCCAAGUAUCAAUUUGAGCUAUUGUCAUCCAAGUUGGUCCUCAAUGCAAAGAAAUAAUAACUAAGAAAUAAUUAAGAGAGUAUUACCUCAUAUAUGUUCUCCUUUCGUAAUAAAUAGAGCAUGUAGAAAGUGAAGGAGUUUAUUUGAUUCACUGUAACAUUUUGCUAAACGAAAACUCUUCCCUAAAGUACCUUGUAUUUUUGUUUGCGUGUGUAUUGGACAUUUCAAUGAAAUACAGUAUCUUUA